CACGAGAAAUCUGAUAAACCUAACUCUGAAAGCAGAUACAAAAAGUGAGGCAUGUCUAGUUGAUAGUAAUAAUAAUAAUAAUGAAUGAAUAAAAACAAAGUAAAGGCAGUUUGUGUCCUACUUGCGCCCUAUUCAUUGACCUUGUUUUCUUUUUUUCACUCUCUAUAUUAUAUAUAAACAUUCCGAAUCAACCAUUUCAGAAGAAACCCUUGUUUUUCACUUCUGCAAUUGAGAAAAAAAAACAAAGCGAAGUUUCCAAUUUCAGAAUAUUUUGAUGGAGAAUGAUUCAGGGUCACCUCAGGGUCCGGUUACAUGCGGCUCGUGGAUUCGGAGGCCUGAAAAUCUCAAUUUAGUUGUUCUCGGAAGGUCCAGGCGUGGGAAUUCAUCUCCUUCUUUGCUUCAGAUUUUCUCUUUCGACCCUAAAACUGUUUCCAUGUCUACUUCUCCUCUGGCCAAUUUUGUGUUAGAAGCAGAGGAAGGUGAUCCUGUUGCUAUUGCUGUGCACCCUAACGGCGAUGAUUUUAUGUGCUCUUUAAGCAAUGGUAGCUGCAAAUUGUUUGAGCUGUAUGGUCAUGAAGCAAACAUGAAGCUGUUGGCCAAGGAACUAAUCCCUCUACAGGGUAUUGGUUCCCAAACAUGUAUUACAUUUAGUGUUGAUGGAUCUAAAUUUGCUGCUGGUGGGUUGGACGGAUGUCUCAGAAUUAUGGAGUGGCCUAGCAUGAGCAUAAUUUUGGAGGAACCAAAAGCACACAAAUCUGUGCGGGAUAUGGAUUUCAGUCUAGACUCUGAAUUUCUAGCUUCAACUUCUACGGAUGGUUCAGCAAGAAUUUGGAAAGUUGAAGAUGGUGUUCCUGUGACUACUUUGUCUCGCAACUCGGAUGAAAAAAUUGAAUUAUGCCGAUUUUCCAAGGAUGGAACCAAACCUUUUCUAUUUUGUGCCGUUCAAAAAGGGGAUAAGUCUCUAACUUCAGUUUGGGACAUGAGUUCAUGGAACAAAAUUGGGCAUAAGAGGCUGCUUAGGAAGUCGGCUUCAGUAAUGUCUGUUAGCCACGAUGGGAAAUACCUUUCUCUGGCAAGUAAAGAUGGAGACAUAUGUGUUGUUGAAGUAAAAAAGAUGCAGAUACACCAUUAUAGCAAGAGACUACACCUCGGUACAACUAUUGCAACUUUGGAGUUCUGUCCUAGUGAAAGGGUUGUCCUUACAACCUCAGUAGAAUGGGGAGCAUUGGUCACUAAACUUAAUGUACCUAAAGAUUGGAAAGAGUGGCAGAUAUACUUGGUGCUUUUAGGACUAUUUUUAGUGUCAGCAGUUGCAUUUUACAUAUUCUUUGAAAACUCUGAAUCAUUCUGGGGAAUUCCGGUGGGAAAAAACCAACAAGCAAGACCAAGGUUUAAACCAAUGAUAAGAGACCCUCAAUCAUUUGAUGAUCAAAACUCCUGGGGACCGGUAGAUAUGUAACCGCAUCGACAUUCUUCGACGUCGUUCGGUUGGAAGCAGUAUCAGUAGUAGCUGUUAUGUAAGUGGUAACAACAUUGAUCUCAGGAGGGAUCACACAUUGUAGAUUUAGACAAUUGAUUGCUAUUAUGAGCAUUUAUUUUGGUUUCCUUUUCUCUUUGCUGAAAUUUUUUGAAGUUGAUUUGUAAUUUAGUUUUAUAAAUAGGAAUAGUCAAAUUGGUUUUUGAAAUAUUGCAUGUUGCUCUAGAGGCUGUGAUGUAACCAUGGAUGAGUUUUCUACUCAAGACAUUUGGGGCAUAUUUUCCACUUAA